GCAGACAGUUUUCGGUGACCAGCAACAAUUCUGCGACUCAUCUGUAAUCGUUGAUUACGAGCAUUGAAAUUCUUCGCCGGAAAUCCUCGGCUCUGAGUUCAGGCAAUCAUGUCACUCUGUCCUGACCUUCCCCGUCCGGGUUUCUCGUUCGACAACUGCAAGAGGAAUGCGGCUCUCGAAUCGAGAGGCUACAAGUCGAAAGGUUUCGUGAAAACUGGCACGACCAUCGUAGGUGUAUGCUACAAGGAUGGAGUGGUUCUCGGAGCCGACUCGAGGGCUACCGGAGGGAACAUAGUCGCCGAUAAAUUCUGCGACAAACUGCACAAAAUGUCAAAUAAAAUCUUUUGUGCUGGAGCCGGAACCGCAUCCGAUUGCGACAAGGUCACGGAAAUGAUUCGGGGGCAGAUCGCUCUCCUCGAAUUGAACAGUGGUCGCGAUGUACGAGUGGCUUCGGUGGUUCGCAUCAUCAAACAAUAUUUAUACAGAUAUCAAGGACACAUCGGAUGCGCUCUGAUCAUCGGAGGUUACGAUGCCACCGGAUGUCAUCUUCAUUCCAUCGCCCCUCACGGUUCCUCAAUGGAACUCCCGUACCUGACCAUGGGGUCCGGUUCUCUGGCCGCUACGGCAGUGCUGGAAAGUCGAUGGAAGCCCGAUUUGGAUCUUGAAGCAACGAAAAAGCUGGUCCGUGACGCCACAGCUGCUGGAAUUCUCAAUGACCUGGGAUCUGGAAGCUCCGUGAACAUGGUCGUUCUUACUAAGAAAGGCAACGAAACUUUCUAUCCCUACGACAUCGUUUGCGCGAAGGGCGUGCGCUCGGGGUUGUAUGAUUUCCCUAGUGGGACAACUAAAGUCCUCAGGACCAAGGUGAUUCCCUACGAAAUCGAGAAGGUUGAGGUCAGGGGAGCGUCUGAAGAAGACGAACCGAUGGAUAUCUGAAUAAAGUCGGCGUUGAGAUCACGUUUCUUAUACUA